UGCUGCUCAUCAUUCCACCAACAUCUCAGCAAGCUGACAAUGACAAAACAUUUCACAGGAAUGAUGGAGACGGUUCUGCUGAGCUUGCUGCUCUGCUCCUCCCUCUCUUCAGCUAUGUUUCCUGAACUUAGAGCAGGAGGCCCCCCAUUCAACCCCAUGGAUCCAGCAAAUAACAACUCCACCACAAACAAUCCGUACCCCAUGUCUCCCGACAUGUCUGGAAUGUCCCGGAUGUUACUGCCAGAGGGCCCCAAUGGAAUAUCCCAACCAGACAUGACGUACUGUCAGAUGCUGAUGGAGUCACCGGUACCCACUCCGAUGGAUCAGGUGCCCUGGUUCUGUCUUUGUUGGCCUUGCCAAAGCAACGGACAGAAGGGAGACCGUGGUGACAGGGGCCUGCCAGGUCGUUCUGGUAGUCCAGGGAUACGAGGACUCACAGGGAUCAGAGGUCUUCCUGGGUUUGUGGGUAGCCAAGGACUAAAAGGUCAGAAAGGAGAUGUUGGUGAGAAGGGCAUGAUUGGGUCUUCUGGAUUGUCUGGGCCAAAGGGUGACCUUGGUUUCAAAGGAGAGAAAGGGGAUCGUGGUACAGAAGGGCCAUCUGGAGAACAGGGUCCACAGGGGGAGUCAGGUGUGUGUCCUGCAUCCUGUGACCUUGCACUGAGCCAAACAGGACAACCAGGCUUACCUGGACCUGCAGGGGCCAGGGGCCUUCCUGGUGUAAACGGCCCCAAAGGGGACACAGGCUCCAAGGGCAGUAUGGGGGAUGGUGGUAGACCUGGAGCCCCUGGGGUUGAUGGUCAGAAAGGGGAUCAAGGGAUGAAAGGGUCAUGUAACUGCAGUAAUGGGGCCAAGGGGGAGCAGGGGAUACAAGGACCUGCAGGGCUAAAGGGACAGCAAGGGAGCGUAGGUACCCAAGGUCCUACAGGCUUAACUGGUGCCAAGGGGGACCUUGGGAACACAGGGAUGACAGGAAUGCCUGGGCCGUGCACUCCGGCCAUCAUGUCCUCUUUCUCGGCCUCCCUUAGCACAGUGUUUCCCAUGCCCGACAUGCCCGUGCCUUUCACCACAGUCAUCACCAACCGGCAAAUGCACUUUAACCCUUUCCUGGGUGUUUACACUGCACCAAUCAAUGGUACUUACGUCUUCAGCUACCACCUAGUGGCUUUCAGCAAAGUGCUCAAGGUGGGGCUGUUCCUUAACUUCAACCCUGUAGUCAAGACAACUGAGACCACGAAUUUGGCCUCUGCCAGCCAGCAGGUUGUGCUGCAUCUGACAGAGAGGGACCGUGUGUGGCUGCAGGUGAAGGACGUCUUCACAAAUGGCAUGUAUGCAGACACUGAGACCAGCAGCACCUUCUCUGGAUUUCUGCUCUACCCAGAUUCCUGUGACAUGAUCUCCGGCCGAGACUUUAUGCCACCUGUUCAUGGGGGAGUAUACACAUGGGGUGAGAUGCCAGGCCCCACCCUAAGCCCUACCACAGCUCGCUAAACAGAGAUGGAAAUAUUUGUGUCCUACAUCCACUACACACGCAACCAUAACAGUGAAAGGACAAAUCCACACCUGCACUUGUGUUCUCAAAUACGGGGACACAGUUUCCAGUCCCAACACACGCGCCUUCGUAAAUCAAGAAAUGUUUUGAGCAGUGGCUUGUUAGCUGUAGGUAGUUUGUUGUUGUGCCUUAAACUAUUUCUUAAUUCAAUUAUAUUUAAUUGUUGUCUAAGGAUACAUUAAAUUUGUGUUUGUAGUUAAAAUCGUGAUUGCAUUUUUUUAGCAGACGCACUUUGCAUUCUUAGAGAAAAUCGCAUUGAGUCAGGAGAUUGAGAUACUAGCAUACUUUUGGACUUUAUGUCUUCCAUGGCCUCUCAUGCUCUUCAAACAGGAUAAAAAGAAGACAUUAUUUUCCUCAUUAGAUAUUUACUCUUAAAUGCAAGCACCAGUUGCAAUGUAAAUGUUUGAAAUGUAUAUUAGAUUGUUUAACAGAGCUUUAUUUUUGAUUAAUCAACAGACUAAAUUGAAUAUUGUGAAAUGUAUUACAGUAACCAGCAGUUUGCAAGAAUAAUGUAUACUCCUAUGACAAGCAAAAUGUAUUUUAGAGAAAGAUGAAUACAUUAAUGAAACACACGAUAGAAGUGCAAACAUAUUGUUGCUUUACAGUUAUCUUUGACAGGUACGCUUUGUGAUCAUUUCCUCAUAAUAAAGCGCACAUAAACUCUCAU